UGUUCUUCUAAUUUGACAUAUCCGGCUCUCCCUUACCUAACAGAUAUGGCAGUUCUGUCGCGAUCAAUCUCUGCAUAAUAAACUCUCCAGCUUUUCUAUUCAUGAAAGGCCCCUAAGAGCAGAGCUUUCCCUUCUAAUGAGCGACUACUAUGGCAUUUAUGUGGUGAUGAUGGUAUAGUCGCGGAUGACAUAGUACUGCUUACCUAAGCAAUGAUAUGCCAGGUUGCCCACCGCCAGGCAGUUGGGAUGCCGCCAAACCAGAUGAAGCUGAGUGCGACAUGGCCAUUGUGUGAUAUCGCAUUCCAUAGGCCGAUUCACCAAGUACACUACGCUCGUUCCAGCUGAUUGACCUUAUUUUAUCUUCCUUCGCCCUCGAACUCCUCGCCUACGAUGACCUCCCUCUUCUUCUCCACUCCCGUCGAUAUCGAUGUGGUCCUCGAAGACAGCGAUGAGCGUCAGACGGUUGAUGUCAAGCUCGACAAGGGCCGUCGCGAAAGGGUCCCCCUCUACAUGGAUGGAGAGUCUGUCAAGGGUGCUGUGACGGUCAGACCUAAGGAUGGAAAGCGCUUGGAACAUACGGGCAUCAAAGUGCAAUUCAUUGGCACGAUCGAAAUGUUCUACGACCGUGGUAACCAUUACGAAUUCCUAUCGCUGGUACAGGAGCUCGCGGCUCCCGGAGAACUGCAGCACCCCCAGACCUUCCCGUUCAAUUUCAAGAAUAUCGAGAAGCAAUACGAAUCAUACAACGGUAUCAAUGUUAAGCUACGAUACUUCGUCCGCGUGACAGUAUCCCGGCGCAUGGCGGACGUGAUUCGGGAGAAGGACCUCUGGGUCUACUCCUAUCGCAUGCCCCCCGAGACCAACAGCCCCAUCAAGAUGGAUGUCGGUAUCGAAGACUGCCUGCACAUUGAGUUCGAAUACUCCAAAUCCAAGUACCACCUCAAGGAUGUCAUCGUAGGACGCAUCUACUUCCUGCUCGUGCGCUUGAAAAUCAAACACAUGGAGCUAUCCAUCAUCCGUCGUGAGACGACCGGAUCUCCGCCAAACCAGUAUAACGAGAGCGAGACGCUCGUGCGCUUCGAGAUCAUGGAUGGAUCACCUUCCCGAGGUGAAACCAUCCCCAUCCGUCUAUUCCUUGGAGGAUUCGACCUUACCCCGACAUUCCGCGACGUGAACAAGAAGUAUUCGACACGCUACUACCUCAGCCUGGUACUUAUCGACGAAGACGCUCGCCGUUACUUCAAGCAAUCCGAAAUCGUCCUCUACCGUCAAGCUCCCGAGAUUGCUAUCACUCCUCAAAUCGCCCAGCAGCAACAGAUCCAACAACAGCAGCUCCUCCAACAGCAGCAGCAACAGCAACAGCUGCCCGCUGGUUCUGCGACCGCCGGCCCCGGACGAACUGACACCCAGCCUCAGUUCACUCAGCAAAUCCCGGCGGCUUAAUCCAAUCUGUGUCCGCGUCUCAUGCUGUAGCGAAAUAGAUCGUCUUUCGUUCAUGGGCUGCUACUGAUGUUCAGACUUCCGUUUGAUGUUACCUAACCCUUACCCAUUAUACCCUUCUGUGUAUUAAACCUAUGUCUGGCUGUAUUUCUCCCUGUGUUAUGAUGAAAUCUCAGCAACAUGAAAUUUACUUUAUGAUCUGUUCCGUAUUUGAUCCUUUCUAUUUGUAAAUUUCGCG